ACGCAGGCUUUCCGGGGCGCUGUUUGCGCGCGCGUGGCUGGCGUGGCUGGGGACAACGGACGUCCUGUGGCCCCCUCCCGGGUGGAGGCAUGGAUGCCUUGGAACUUGCCAGAAAGCUGCAGGAGGAGGCCACAUGCUCCAUCUGCCUUGACUAUUUCACGGACCCGGUGAUGACCUCUUGCGGCCACAACUUCUGCCGGGAGUGCAUCCGGCUGACCUGGGAGAAGGCCAAAGGCAGGAAAGGGGGGAGGAAGCGGAAGGGUUCCUUCCCCUGCCCCGAGUGCCGGGAGCUGUCCCCCCAGAGGAACUUGCGGCCCAACCGCCUGCUGACCAAGAUGGCCGAGAUGGCACGGCAGCACCCCGACUUCCAGAGCAGGGACCUGUGCGCAGUGCACCAGGAGCUGCUGAAGCUCUUCUGUGAGGACGACCAGAUCCCCAUCUGUGUGGUGUGCAGGGAGGCCCGGGAACAUCGGCCCCACAGGGUGGUCCCCAUUGAGGAGGCGGUGCAGGAGUACAAGCUGAAGCUGCAGGUGGACAUGGGGCACCUUCGGGAGGAGAUGAUGAAGACUGGGAGGCUGCAGGCCAGGGAGAGGCAGACCUUGGCGGAAUGGCAGGAGAAAGUGAAGGAGCAAAGGCGGCGCAUCAUGGUGGAGUUUGAGAAGGUGAGCCUCUUGCUCCUGGAGGAGGAGCAACGUCUGCUCCAGGCCCUGAAGGCCGAGGACGAGGAGGUGGGGGCCAGACUGCGGGAGAGCUCGGCCACCCUGGAGCGGCAGGGUCACUCCCUGGAGAUGCUGCUGCUGCAGCUGGAAGACAGGAAUGAGCACAGUCCACUGCAGAUGCUGCAGGAUAUGAAGGAGCUCCUGAACAGGAAGAACAGCCUGAGUGUGCAGUACCCAGAGGUCACCCCCACUGUGCUGAGGACAGUCUGCAGGGUCCCCGGACAGAUAGAGGUGCUCAAGAGUUUCCAAGAGGAUGUGGUGCUGGAUCCCACCACUGCCUAUCCUUACCUUCUCUUAUACGAGAGCCGCCAGAGGCGCUACCUGACCACGCCACUGGAGGGCGCGCUCCACAGCAAGGAACGGUUCCUGGCCUACCCCUGCGCCGUGGGCCGGGAGACUUUCUCCUCUGGCAGACACUACUGGGAGGUGGGCAUGAACCUCACCGGUGACGCACUCUGGGCUCUGGGCGUGUGCAGGGACAACGUGAGCCGGAGGGACAGGGUCCCCAAGUGUCCCGAAAAUGGGUUCUGGGUGGUGCAGCUGUGCAAAGGCAAGAAGUACAUGCCCAGCGCAUCCGCCCCAACCCCUGUCACGCUGGCCGAGCCCCCCAGCCACAUGGGGGUCUUCCUGGACUUUGAGGCGGGGGAAGUGUCCUUCUACAACCUGAAGGACGGGUCCCAUCUGCACACCUACGCCCAGCAGCAAUUCUCCGGCCCCCUGCAGCCCUUCUUCUGCCUGGGGGCCCCCAAGUCAGGCCAGAUGGUCAUCUCUACAGUGACCCUGUGGGUGAAGGGAUAGGGGCACAGGCCGGGGGAAAGGGGUCGCGGGCGUCCCUGGUUUCUCCGGAAGGUGCGGUGGUCCCGCUCAGCACAGGCCACCAGCCAGACCUAUCUACGGUGGAGCGCUUGUGAACCACUGGCUGGCUGCGCAAGGCGGUUUCGCAAAGCUAAUCUAUAAUCGCGAUUAAAGUCGUUAAAUGUCAA